AUGGACCUCACACGCGCGUAUGGACCUCACAGGCACUCCGGCAACCACGGUGCUGGCGUUUGUGCAUCCGGAAUGGAGUCCUGUAACGGCGCGGAGUUUCCUGAACAACCACAAAAGGUCAUUACACCUGGGUACAUGCAGACACGCAAUGAUUGCUGCACGGAGACACGCAAUGAUUGCUGCACGUUGCCGCCGUCCCAGGCACAAGCCCAGAGCAUGCUAAACCCUAAGCAGGAGGUCAACCUUAAGUGCUCAUGCUCUAAUCACACGUAUGAAGAGGAUUUUGACCUGGUGGAUGCAAUUAACACAGGUGGCAAGGCAGUGUUGGUGGUGGAACUGAAGAGUAGGGUUAACUUCAAGUAUGACAUAUGGCAGCCCCUUGCAACAGCUCUAGAGCUGGCAAUUCAGAAUGAGACGGAUCCAGUGACGCUGCUGCUAACAGAUGCUUCAGACUGGUAUUUUGCUACUGUGCAGCUGGUCCAAAAGAUUGAUAAUAAAGGACCUCCCCUGCCCAAGGGCAACUCCCAGGCACAUGGUUACCAGUUCCAGGCAUGUGGUCAUGAGUUCUGCCUCUUCGAUUGGGUGCAGUUCGAAUGCAACCUCCUGUCAACAUCCAAAAGAUCUUCUUCAUCAGUUGUGCCUAAGGUUUUCGCCCAUAUGCAUACUGUGCUGUACCCUGGUGAAGACAUCACCCAGGUUGUAGAUUGGGCAAAGCUAGCCAGUGAGACACUUCAAACUCUGGCAGACAAGUGGGCGAAUCCUGUAAUCACAGACCUGGUUUCAAGUCGAAAGGUGGAGGACCUGAAGCAGAAGCUGGAGGUAGCGGAGCAGGAGAUUGAGGCAGAGAAGAAGACGCUGGAGGUAGCGGAGCAGAAGCUGGAGGACCUGAAGCAGAAGCUGGAGGUAGCGGAGCAGGAGAUUGAGGCCCUCAAAAGGCAGCUGCAAAAGCAGCAGCAGCAUGGCCAGUAAUGGAGAUGGUGUAUAAAGCCACCUUCCCACAAAUACUCAGCUGCUGGACGAGGCACUGUUGUGCUUCCCCAAUCUAUGUGCGUUUUUGUAGUUGGUGGGGCAGCCCCACCUAAGCAGGUGCAUUUGCAUGCCAAGUUGAAAACCUGGCUUGUUGCUCCGAUUCCAUUCAAAUGGCCAAACUUGCAGACCUAAUCACUAUAGAUAUAUGUGUGUUUAUGCAUCUGUCUGGGUGGCUGUUUUUGCUGUUAUAAGAUGUUUUUUCCUGGGGAGACCCCCGAAUUAGUCAGGAGCGCGAGAUUAUGGCUAGCUGCUGAGAUGUGGAGUUGAGGUUACAGUUGAUGGACCAGAUUCGCACGCUGGAUUGGUGGCGAUUGCCGGACCCUCUGUCUCUUCGGUUGUUCGGGUGAAUGGAUGAGGAGGGGUCCUUGAAGGCUGGAUCCGCCAUCCAGUUCGUAUGGCGUAGUACAGUGUGGUAGUGGUGGAUGGUGCUAUAAGGUGAUAAAUCCUAGAACUGACAAUGUGAUAAAGCGGCCCAGAAGCCUCCCACUCUGUAUCAUUACAUUACAUUACAU